GGAUCGAACCCUGGGUACUGCAUCCGCUACUGCUAAAAGGUGAAAACCGUUUCAUAAGUACUGCAUCUGUAGAGACACAGAGAGAUAAGGAUGGAUGUUCCAAGUCUGACACUUUCUCCUACCAUAGCAAUUAAUCCAGAAAAAGGGGAACAGGACAACGAGGAGGAGGAAGAGGAGGAGGAGGAGGAGGAGGAGGAGGAGGAGGAAUACGAGGAUGAGGACGACGAAGAGGGCAAAGAUGAGGAGGAACAGGACAAAGAUGAGGAGGGCGAAGAGGACAAAGAUGAGGAGGAGGAAGAGGAGGAAGAGGGAGGGAACGAAGGGGAAGACAAGGCAAAGAAAGGGGCAGCAGUAGCAGGAGGAGGAGGAGGAGGAGGAGGAGGAAGGGGGGAAAUGGGAGAUGGGGACGAAAAAGGUGGCGUAAUUUCGUACGCGAGGGAUGUUGUCGGCAUGUUUGUGACGGUGGGGAAGUCCGAGGCAUCAGCAGAACAAUGCCCUCCCUUGGACAGCCCUUACACGAAACGCUUGCUUGGAUUGGUUUAUCCCACAAUACCCUCAGCCAUGUUUACUGAGCAGAGAAAGCACUACAAGGUUCCCCCUAUGUCUGAAGUGAUUUCCGGUGUGAGCGGCAUACCUGAAUGUAGAGGAGGAUUACUACAGCCUGCUGAACGGAAUCAUAGCUGUCCAGCUUGGCAAGCAUCCCACGAACCGUCCACGGAGGGCAGAGCGGCAUGCCGUUUGCAUGGGGGUAACCAAUCUUCAGAGAAGUUUCAGGGAAAGAUCAGGUCGUCUGCGACCAGAAACAAUUGCACACAUACCCUUUUGAAUUAGACGUGACAACAAGCAACAACAGGAAAUAGGAGAGUUUCAGCAGCUCGUCAUACU